UGCUGCUGCUCCGAUGCGCUGUCCAGGUGUUCGCUGUAUGUUAUUGCAGAGAUCUGGACCGGUUUUGAGCUUUGUCACUUUAUCUGCAUGAGAUGGCCUAACGUGAAAUGCUUUGUGUCGGAGUCCGGCUGUCACUCGGACGUGUUUAAUGCCGUCUCACCACUCCCUCUUCUCCGUGAGAACGAAGCGGGAAUACCGUUAAAAUGAAGACUGACACGGGGGUUAACAUUUGAGCUGUGUGUUUAUACCUCGAUUGGGAAAAGAUAGCCAUUAGCCGACUAGCCUGAGACACCCGGCGGCAGCUCGGAUAUCUUAAUUGUGCGGCUAUGGCUGGGCUCAUCAAGAAGCAGAUCCUGAAGCAUCUCUCCAGGUUUGCAAAGAAUCUGUCCCCGGACAAGAUCAACCUGAGCACGCUGAAGGGGGAGGGCCAGCUGACCAACCUGGAGCUGGACGAGGAGGUCCUCCAGAGCCUGCUGGACCUGCCCACCUGGCUCGCCAUCAACCGCGUGGGCUGCAACAAGGCCGCCAUCAGGAUACCAUGGACAAAGUUGAAGACUCACCCAAUCUCUCUGACCCUGGAUAAAGUGGUGAUGGAGAUGAGUACUUGUGAUGAGCCUCGCCCCCCCAAUGGGCCGUCUCCCAUAGCAACAGCAUCCGGGCAAAAUGAAUAUGGCUUUGCUGAGAAGGUGGUCGAGGGGAUCUCACUGUCAAUCAACUCAAUCGUCAUAAGGAUCAGUGCCAAGGCCUUCAACGCCUCCUUUGAGCUCUCGCAGCUGCAGGUCUACAGCGUCAACACCAGCUGGAGCAUCGGCGACUUGCGCUUCACCCGCAUCCAAGACCCUCAAAGGGGAGAGAUCUUGACGUUCAAGGAGAUCAGCUGGCAGAUGAUACGAAUCGAGGCUGACGCAAUCCAGAGCGCCGAGCAUGAAAUGCUGAGCGCUCCGAUUCGCCUCAUCACAAACCAGUCCAAGAUCCGAGUCACUCUGAAGAGACGGAUUAAGGACUGCAACGUUGUGGCCACCAAGCUGAUUCUGAUCCUGGAUGACUUGCUCUGGGUGCUGACCGACUCCCAGCUCAAAGCCAUGGUGCAGUAUGCCAAGUCUCUGAGCGAGGCCAUGGAAAAGUCGGCACAGCAGAGGAAAAGCAUGGCCACGGAAGACCAGGAGUCAUCAGCGCCGCCCUCAGCCCAGCAAGUUCGCACCCAGCAGGCGUCCACAGCGGCCGACCAGAGUGCAACCAUGGCCAACCUGUUCAGCGCUUUCGACGUAUGUGAGACGUCCCACCAUCUCCAGAUCACGCACCUCGACCUGCACAUCUGUGACGACACCCACGCAAAGGACAAAGUGAACAAUAAGAGAAUAUCAAGUGGCGCCAUGCAGCUUUCCUUCAGCUCCAUCACUCUGGACUACUACCCUUCACACAGAGCAGGUGAAAGUUGUGUCCACUGGAUGCACUACAGUGAGGCCACAAAGACCAGAGAGGGCUGGGCACGGAGUCUGCUCGACGAGUUCACGUCCAACGUGAACAUGUUAAAGAGCGCAGUGCAAGGCCAGCAAGGUCCGGCUCCUGCGCACACUUCCCCACAACACAGUAAGAUAAGCACCUCCUCCAGCAUCUCCUUCAGUCCUCCUCCCACUCAAAGCCCAAAGACCCAGCUCAUGUCCAGCUCCGUGGUCCUCAGGAUGGCCGACUUCAGCAUCUACCAGGUUUCAACCGCAGACCAGCGUCGCUCCAGCCCCAAAGCCAUGAUCUCCUGCAAUAAGAAGUCCUUGUACCUUCCCCCAGAGAUGCCAGCCAUUCACGUGGAGUUCACAGAGUACUACUUCCCUGAUGGAAAAGACUACCCCAUUCCAUGUCCUAACCUGUACGCCCAGCUGAACGCCCUGCAGCUGGUCCUGGAUCCUCGCAGCCUCGUGUGGAUCAACCUUUUUGCUCUUGACCUCAGGCAGAGUCUGGAGCAGUUCAUGGAGAUCUACAAGCUCAGCGACUCUCAGAAACCAGAAGAGCAUGUAGACAUCAAGAUUGACGGACUCAUGCUGAAGCUGGUUAUUCCCACCGAUUCAGACGCUUCCUGUCCUGCUGAUCUGCCUCGCUCCAUCUCAGUGCAGACCUCAGAAAUGGUCGCCACGAACACCCGGCAACCGGCUAACUGCACCCGCUCCCACCUUGAAGCCCUGCUGCAGGCCUUCGAGGAGGAACCGUUCUUCUCCCCUUCGUAUUCUUCAUUCCCUCGCACUUCCUCUUCCUUACCCCUGCUGCAUCCGGUCUUCCAGCGCCACGCGCACGAACAGGACACUAAGCUCCACGACAUCUACCGCGGCCUGGUGGCGCCGACGAUGGGCACCGACGCCCUCAAGAUGCCAGCCGUCAGUGACUUUUGGGCGCUGCACUUUGCCCAGUUCUGGGUGGACUACGAAGGCACCCGUGGAGGAAAAGGGAGGCCGCAGCCCUUCGUGGACUCGUUCCCUCUGACCGUGUGGGCGUGUCAGCCCGCAAAGAUUGUUCAGCACCAGGAGAGGCUCAGAGCUGCAGCUGGAUCGAGUAUGUCCAGGAGCACAUCUGGAGAGGCUGUUUCACGGCUGCAGAGGAAACGGUUGCUAAAGGAGUAUUACAGCACUGAUGGCACACUAACGUCAACUCACAGCAGUGAGGCAACACAGCCUCCCAGUAACGGACUCCAUAAACCACACUCAUUGGACAGUCUGCCCUCCUCCUCUUCUUCUUUAUCAUCCGGUAAAGACGCAGGUGUGCAGGCUUUAGUGCACGUGCAGAAGCAUCUAAGUGCUCAGGUGAGCCACCGGCAGUACGUGUUUCUUAUGCAACUUCAGCGCAGCAUCAAAGCCCUGCAGCAGACCCUACAGCAGGACCUGGAGGAGAUGGGCUCCAAGAAAGAUCGCAAGGAUCCCUCCCAGCCUCCUGCAGACCACCAGCCCUUCAACGUCUGCCUCGGCCUUCUGCUGAAAAGCGCAGAGGUGUCCCUGCUCCUGAAGCCUGUCUCUCAACCUGAGGGUUCAAGGUCUCCUCUGGGGUCAGAGCUCUCCCCAUCAGAGAGCCGAGGCACUCUGGAGCCUGGGAGCGACGCUGGAGAAGGGGUGGAGAAGGGGGGUGAAGGAGCUGGAUCAGGGUCUGACGGAGCAGCAGCCAAAGGUGCAUGCAACACUGUAGACCUGCUGCUGUGCGGUGACGGCUCGGACGGUCCCGCCCCACUCGUCCCCACAUCCACAACAGCUUCACGUCCUGACUUGAAUCACAAAGCCUCACUGGAGGAGAGGACUACAGCUAAGAACUCCCGGAGGUGGAGUUCAGAGGAAGGGGGCGAGGCGGCUGUUGAUGGGUUGGCUGGGGGUGAAGAAGUGGGAGCUGGAUUAGAUUCUAAAUCACAGACCGGUGACUCUCUGUUGGACCAGAGCAGCAAAGACUGGAGCGACAAAGACGCGACCGGAGCCAACAAGAUGCCUCAGUCAACAUCCAGUGGUCGCUUGAUGCGGGACCGUUCCCAGUCCAGCUUCUCUGUGUCCUACAAGAACAUGAAGAAGAGCCCGUCCCUGCAGUCCCUGGAUAACAUCUCCAUAGACAGCUACCUAAUGGAGGACGGAGACACGUACAGUCUGCUGGAGAGAGAUGACGUGUCCAUCUCAGGCUUCAAGGACGCCAUCAUUGAGCAAAGUAACACUGAGAGUGCCACCGAGGUUGUGAUUGGUCGCGAGCAGGAGGGGGGCGUGUCCCCCGACACUGUCAGCGCCACGUCUCAGAGCACCGACGAUCCCACCAAAGAUAUAGUGUCCGUGUUGAUGCUGAAGGUACGGUCGGUGUGUGUGGCCAUGGAGGCGGAGGGCGAGAGCACGGCCGUGGCUCUGGAGGUGGGGCAGGUCACACCGAGCCAGCUGGGCAACGUCAGCCUCAGACAGUACCUUAGCAACCGCAGCCUGGGUAUGGUGUGUUCAGUACCAAUACCUGCUCAAAGCAGCCAAGCCGGGGGUGAGCUCAGCUCCGCGUCCGCCGGGGGCCUCCACAGUCCGGAGGUCCGGGCCCGCCUGGAGAGUGGGCCGUGCGCCGCCGCUCACUCACCACUGGCCGUGCGCAACGGCUUCCUGCAGCUGCGUCUCCACGGGUACCAGGCGAGCUUCUUGAUGUCCACGAUGCGUAACCUCGCCAACUUCCUGGAGGACGACUCCGCGCCGCUGGUGCUGCCCAUGGAGAUCAGCAUCAGGGACACACACAUCCACUUAAAGGACGACGGCCCCCGGGACAACCUUUCUGACUCUGAGCACUCUCCGAUCACGAUGCACGUGGACAGCCUCAUCAUUCACAGGAGGGACGACGGCUCCUUCUCCAUAGGAGUGGACACGACGGCGGAGGCCAAACCCCGGAAAGAUGGCUCGUUGAUCGACAGCACUCUGAGUCCGGUUCCCGAGGUGGUGGGCAGCGUCUGCGCUGUACCAAAGGCUACACAGACACAAGCCCCGCCCACCAUCCCGCCUCCACCCAGCAGAGAAAAUAUGCUGAUGGAGGAAAACGAAUGUCUUAAAUUGGAGCUGUCGCGAGCCAAGAUGGCGCUGGCUGAGGCUCAGAUGGAGAAGGACUCGCUGCUGCACCGCAUGAAGAAUCUUAAAGUCAACACCAGCUAGACCAGGAUCACUCUCAAUCUAUUUGUUCAAGCGAGCCAGCCAGUCUUAUUUAGCGCCUCACAGGUCUGAGGCGUGAGGGCGAGGGACAAGUUGAGAAUAAAAAGGGGGAUUUUUUUUGUUGUUGUUGUUUUAAGCAGCUCCCUUUGCACACUUAUUUGUUGAGUGAGCCACUAUGGCUGCGUUCACACUGCAGGUCAAAGAAACCUGAAUCUAUGUCGUCUAUGUGACUUGGAUCUGAUGUUUUGAUGACAGUUUGAACAGUCCACAUACAAUCUGAUAUUAUUAAAUUGGAUUUUGGCCACCUUCAUAUUUUGAUCUAAAGCAGACACAGGUCGGUUCUUUUGCAGUCAGACCUUAGUCUCAACAGCCGCACAGACAAAUGCAGGAAGAACUGCCAGAAAAAAUAAAAAUAAAUGACUGUGUGAAUGUGCAAAUUGAGGCUUAUACGAUCACAACUUAUCACAAUGGAUAUUAAUAUGAUUUUUCCCAUUACUUACAUUAAAUUAAUUAUUUUCUCAUAUGUGGAGUGUCUGACAUUUAGAAGUCCUAAUAUUUCAGCUGCAGCCCAACAGGAAUACCGAGCGGUGUGGGGCUCAUAAAAAUGAAUAUAAAAAUGUAAAAGCAGUAAAUAUGAUUUUUUUUUUUUUAAAUGUUAAAUUAGAAUGCUUCAGCGCUUUGUUGUCGUUUGUAGGAUGCUAAUACAACUACCUGUCACAAUCAUACAGGCUUUUUUAUAUGAAAAAUCAUACAGUAGAGACAGUGUGUGUCGGUCUCUCUCACAAUCAGAUCACAGACCUCUGUGACCAAGAGAUCUGAUUGGUCAGUACAAUUUCGUAUCUCAAACAUUAUACCAAACAUAACCUGCUCUGGAGCAGAUGAGAUAAUAACUGAGGGUGUUCAGUUAUGAGUCCCAGUAAAACGUGAACCACCUUCAUACUGAAAAAAACAGAAGUUACAUUGAAUUUGGCUUGAUAAAUGUAAAAGAUUGGAUUUUCUGUUCUUCUGCGGGGGGUUGUAGAUGGUCAGUUCUACUGAAUAUGUAAUAAUCCCUAUUCACACACGUGCUGCGACUAGACGACUUUGUUGUUGUUCUUUUGCACAUGCAGGUCAGUUCAGGACUGUGACCAGUUCACACUGGAGUCUGUUUCAGGCCACAUUUAAGAAGCAAUAUAAAAAAAAAAAAUCUGAUUUGAGCAUUAAGGCUUGCAGUGUGAACGCAGCCUGAGACUUUAUAAUUAUUUCAUUAAGCAAUGCAGAUUCUGUGAGAAGACUAAGACACAUGUUUUUACAAGCUCAUUUGUUUUACAUGCUCCACUUUGGACUGAAAGCUCGACACAUUUGGAGCAGGUUGGAAAAAAAAAAAAAAGGUGACAUUUAGCAAGCCUACGUGUGUGUGUGUGCCAUGUGUGUGUGUUCAUGUUUGAGUGUGAGGAAGAACGAGGAUCUAUAUCCAUGGCUGUGCCUACAGAAAACCCCUCGUAUACAAUUCUUGUUGUGUAAAGAAAAACUCACAGAUCUUAGAUGUUCGUUCAAUCAUAUGUAGAUAUGAAGAAAAAAAAAUGAAUGUCAUAUCUUCAGAUGAAUGUAAAAAAAAAAAAAAGAAAACAGACUUCUUUUGCACUGCACUGAAAUGAAUUGUCAUUUUAGUGCUUUCAUAUUCAGAGAGGACGAGACAAAUCCUGCUCUCACUCGCCCUCGGAGUGUGUACAGUGUAUAUUGUAUAAGAAUGUGAACACAUGACUAUUUUCUUCAGAGACUCUAAACAGUUAUGCAGUGUUUCAGUUGAAUGUGUGUGUUUGACGCAGCAAGAACAAGCAUUUCUUUACAAUUAUAGGAAAAAAAACCCCAUUUAUGUCAGUGUCACGGCUUUGUCAGCAAAAUGCCCCACAAUAAAGUCUGUAUCCCUCCGCC